AUGUCUGAGUACAGGCCAGGUCCAUGUAGGCUGUUUGCGAGCGGCAGCGGCUGUCGCUUCGGAAAUCGCUGCAAGUUCUCGCACGACAUUUCAAGUGGUACUCCAUCAUCCAGUCAGCGAACAGGCAGUCCAUCGCCCAGCCAUGGAUACGCGUCACAGCCCAGGACAGGUUCCCAGUCGGGCGCACCUCCUCGCGUCUGCAAUCUGUACUGGAACACCGGCAGCUGCGCUCGCGCUUUCGAGUGCUCUUUUAAGCACGAGCGUAAACCUGUCGCUGCCACCAGUGUGGAGGCAAUUCCUGCCUUGUCCACUGAAGAGGAGGAAUCACCGGACUUCUUCUCCCCGGAGGGGCUUGCUAUGCAUAAUGGCUCUGUUCGGGAAGAACGACAUGCGCUCACUCCGAGCGAAGCCCACAAUCAUAUCAAGCCCUUCCUUGCAGAUAACUACAGAUUUGAUAAUGCAUCGAGAGUACAGGGGUUUGUCCGCAUUCUUGCUAGUGUGAACGACCGCAACAAGGCUUGGAACUCGGAUAGUGCGCAGGCAUUUCUUGACGUGGUCGUGAACGGCAACGCAAUUCUACGCAUCGGAGACGUUCUCCGAUUUCAACCUGUGAACUAUAUGAUUGGUCACGGAAAUGGGGCGCUGUCAUUUCAGAAAGGGUAUUUCCCGAUAUUUGGGUAUUUUGCCUCGAAUCUGGUACUGAAGAGUACUUUACACAAAAACAUCAACGUUAUCGAACAAUGUAUCGGAGGGAUGGUCCAGACCAAAUCAUGGCAGGAUCCCACUCCGAAUCUCCCGCCUACGUUACAGAGCUCUCUGUCCGGCGUCGUGGUCUUCAAGACCCUGACGACCGUCCUCCUCCAAUUCUUCAAUCGUUUCAAGGACGCAAUCCGCAACCACCCGAACAUCGUGAAUCUUGUUAACAACCUUGCUACUUGGUUUGAAAUCUGGUCAAGCGACGUUUCCGCCAUCCCUGCUCGCUUCCUAGACACGAUCGUCUCCUCGCAAGCUCACGUUCGCAAAUUGACACUCAGUCAGCUCAAGAACGAGGUUGACCGGUUGCAACAAAUCGUGCAGCGCGAAUCCGACGCGGCUGAGCGCAAGCGGCGCCCCGCGGCCCCGGUGCGCAUGAGCGCAGCGCAGCGCCGUGAGGCGCUCCUUGCGCAGCUUGCACAGACCUACGACCCGCCGGGCGAGCUGCGGUCUGGUGGUUCGCGACAUGACAACGACAAGGAGGACAUCGCAGAUAUCCGAAAUGCGCCGACGAAUGACGAACUGCUGUGUGCUGUGCCGCCGUAUCUGCCUGUAUUCCUUCCGGACGCUCCGCAUCACCUUCCGGUGGGCUCGAUGGAGCGGCACCUCGACAUCCAGUUUAGGCUCCUGCGGGAGGAUUUAAUCGCGACGAUGCGAUCCUCGAUCGCCGCGGUACACUCCGAUCUGGCAGCCGUGUGGCAAUCUGGGACGCAGCAACGUGUGCGUACGAAGCUCGAGGAGCUGCUUGCAAGCAAGGGUGGCGCAUACCGGACGAGCGGGUUCGAUUCUGUUUUCUUCCAGCUGUACACGGGCAUAGAGUUCGCGCCGGUACGCGCGGAGCGGCGCGACCUGACUGUCGGGCUCGUGCUCGAUACGCCCAAUCACCGUGCUGCGCGCGAUAAGGACGCGAAGAAGCGAUACGACUACUGGGAGCACUCCAAGCGGCUUCAAAGCGGGACGCUCGUCGCGCUUGUUGUUGUCACCCAUAGGACGUUGCGCAUAUUUCUCGGCGUGAUCACAUCGUUCAACAAGGACAUCGCCGAAUCGUCGCGCGGGGGCCCGGAUACUGUGCAGAUCCGGAUCUCGUUCUUCGAUGCGGAGGUGGAGUUCAUGGCGCUCAGGCAGGAGAAGGUGUCCGUGGACGCCUCGACGUUUGCAGUGCUGAUCGAUAACAGCGUGAUGUUUGAUGCCGCGCGGCCGUUCUUGGAACGGCUGCAGACGAUCGAGCCAACCGAAAUUCCGUUUGCACGGUACAUUACACAUUCCGGGUCACUCGAGGAUGUGGAGCUGCGUUCUCCACGCUUUGCGACUGCGCCCGGGUUUCGGUACAAGCUUGAGAGCCUCGCGAAGCCGGAUCAUGCAGGCCGGAUCCAACCAUUGAGCCUCUCUGCGGAGGGCGGCAUUGAUGGCGCUCGCAGGCAGCUUCUGGCAUCGAGCAUACUCGACCAGAGUCAAGUCGAUGCUCUAGUCAACACGCUGACUCGCGAGGUCUCGUUGAUUCAAGGACCUCCUGGGACCGGCAAGAGCUUUACCGCCAAAGAAAUCUUGCGUGUAUUAUUCGCCAGUGGGAUCAGGCCCAUUGAUGCAGGUAUCACGAAGAAAUUUGUCCGCCUUGGCUCACGGUCCUCCGACGAGCGCAUAGCCGAGUUUACGCUUGAUAAGCUCGAGAAGAUCGCAGGAGGUCAAAAUAUGCUAGAACGCCCUAUCAAGCGGCAGUAUGCGACUAUGAAGAAGCUCGAGGAGGAUAUGGUCAAAGUGAUGACAUCGAUACAACUGCCAGAACUCAACUGGGAAGAAAUACAGAAGUUUCUUUUGAUUCACUAUCCUGAUCAUGCUGAGAGCUUCGAGGCACCUCCUUUCUGGAUCACUAUGUUACGGGAGAAGAUAGAGGAAGACGAGAGAACCGACGGGGAAUGGCAGAAAGCUGGAAAAAAGAAGCAAGCGGACAACGCGCUGGCACAUACCAUCUAUAGCUUUUGGCGCGAAGGCAGAGAUCUAGAGUUUAUCUCGCCGCCAGUGCAACCUCGCUCCAAGAACAAGAAUAAGAAAGGCAAAGCGAAGGCACCGGAAGCUCCCGCGGAUUCAACUGUUCAGACAUUCUUCGAUUCACUCGGAUUUGACUCGUCGCCUCCAAUUCCAACUACAGAUCGCUCACUCAAGUACCUGUUCGAGUCUGGGAACAUUUGGUCUAUGUCUAUCACCGAACGCUGUCGACUAGCGGCCGAUUGGGAACAAAACAUACGCCGACUAGCGUACACAUCUAAUCUACAGCAUUACGAGCAACUGAGGACUCAGUACAAAGCUGCUUGCAAGGAGUAUCAAGAUAUCAGGGACGAGAAUAUCUCCCCCAAGGUCCUCAUGGUAGAGGAAGCAGGCCAAGUACUCGAAGCACAUGUUCUUACUUCUCUGGUUCAGUCUGUGGAUCAGCUUAUCUGCAUUGGUGAUCCACAACAGCUACGACCCAAUUUAGCGACCUAUGCACUUUCAAUGGACUCCGAGCGUGGAAAGCAACUCUUCAAGUUUGACAGGUCCCUGAUGGAGCGACUUGCGAACAAUGGUCUGCCCAUGUCUCAAAUCAAUGUUCAGCGGAGAAUGAGACCCACUAUCUCCCACUUCAUUCGGCAAAUCUUGUACCCGAAGCUCGAGGAUAAUGAGAUUGUCUUUGGUUACCCUCAUGUUCAGGGUAUGCAGAAGGACGUCUACUUCUACAGCCAUACAAACAAGGAGAACGGUGCCGAGGAUUCUGUCUCAAAGUUCAAUGCAUUUGAGGUGGAUAUGAUCCGUGACCUCGUCCUCUACUUUCUGAAGCAAGGCAGUUACAAUGGGCCCGGCGACAUAGCCGUUUUGUGCGCUUACCUUGGUCAAUUGCAGAAGGUGCGCGCCGCCUUAAGGGAUCUCAAGAUCUCUGUCUCUUUGGACGAGAGAGACCAGGAGCAGCUCGCGAGGCAAGGAAUAGAUGAAGAACCUGAGUUCGAAGAAGUCUUUGUGACUAAACACGUUCGACUCGGAACGGUGGAUAUUUUCCAAGGACAGGAGGCCAAGAUCGUUAUCGUGUCCUUGGUCAGGAAUUCAGGAACAUACGAAACCGGGUCAGCCUCCAUUGGGUUCUUGAAGAGCUCCAACCGAAUCAAUGUCGCGCUUUCAAGGGCUAAACAUGGGCUCUUUAUUCUGGGGAACGCCGCCAACCUACGCAAGAAUGAUACGUGGUCGACAAUCAUAGAUGAAAUGGAAGUACGAGAAGAGGUCGGCCAAGGCUUCCCCAUCGUCUGCCCUCGUCAUCCAGAGCAAACACAGUUAAUUACAAAGCCGGGAGAGCUCCCUCGUCUGGCGCCAGGAGGUGGUUGCCUGCUUCCAUGUGGGUAUCGCUUGUCCUGUGGCCAUAAUUGUCCAUCUUCCUGCCAUGCCGCUCUUGACAACCAUCGCAGCACUAAAUGCAACGAGGCCUGCAAUCGCACACCAUGUCCGCGUGGCCAUCCAUGUUCACGAAGGUGUUGGGAGGACUGUGGAGAUUGCGAGUUCCCUGUGUAUGGAAUUACGUUGCCGUGCGGACACGUCAAGGAUCGUAUCGCGUGUCACAUGCUCGACAAGCUGGAGAAGAUUAUUUGUAGGGUCAAAGUUCGGAGACCUCUUUUACGCUGCGAACACACCGCAGAGAUGUCGUGCUGUCAGGAUGGCAGCUCGAUCCGGUGCAAAGAGCUAUGCGGCGAGGCUCUGACAUGCUGCUCCAAGACUUGCAAGUCGGCGUGCUCUGACUGUCAGGCGGCCACGGUCGGACCGGCAUUGUCCGCUACGAAGACACCCACGAAAACGCCUCCGAUCAACUAUCAGACUCCCCCGACCUGCCCAACAUGCCGAGGUCCAAUCACUGCGUUGCGCUACGGUCGAGUAAACAAGCGCGCUACUCUCGACAUCCUGGAACAGAAUGUAGCUGGCACCAUGUCUCGUGCUCUGGACAAUAUCUCGCCACUCAUGGAGCAGGCGGCUUCGAACUUCGACGGUAUGCAGAACGCCGCCAAAGAACUGAAGGCGCAAAUGGAAGAUGUCUCUGCCCCAUCUCCGACGCGUUCUCCACACGGCAAGUCGACAGCGCCGCUCGAUCCAGACCUCCUUGGAGUAGGCGCCUUGCAAUCCGUUCAUGGAUUCCACAGAGAUGAGGCGAAGGGAUGGCAGGCUAUUGUGAAGGACCUGAUAACUGGCUACCGCAAGACCGUGAAGGUCGCGAACACCCGCGGAGCACAUGUGAAAGCAUACGAGGCCGCCUUGGCUACUCUCUAUCGCUUAGAGCUGGAAGCCAUCGCUUGUGACCCUGAGCGCGCCUCAGAUGCCCCUGAACCUCUUGCUAUGAAAUCCGUGAAUGCGAAGAUCGGUCAACCACCGCACAAAGCAGAUACACGAUUCCAAAUCGAGGCAUACAUACUGUCCCUUGAGGUGCGGCUCAUGCUUGCCCAAGUAGGCGUUAGCCGCAUCGCGAAUCUGCCGUUGGGAUCCGACAGCGAGAGCGUUAUGAACCAUCGGCAACUAUGGAUUUCGUUUGUGGCAUUCAUUUUCGAGUCUUGUCUUGCCGACGCGCGCAAGGCGUUAUACAUGGCACAGAAGUCGUCCGCAUCUCGUCAAGCGGCGAAAUGUUCCACGUACAUCCUGCGGUCCGAGUUCGAAUACUUCCGGGUCGACAUAGUGGAGGAACGCUCGAAGCGAAUGUCGGGAGGCGCUUACAAUGAGGCUAACCGGAAGGAGCUUGGCGAGCGUGUCAAGGAGAAAUCGCGGUACAUGUUGGAGUUUAUGAAGAAGGCGGCGGAAGAAUACAUCCGCAGCCGCUCUUCGAACACACAGGAGGAGCUGCUGGCAGAGAUGGAAUGGUUCGAAACCAACUGUAUGCGGAAGGUCGUUCGUUGGAGGGAGGAUUGUGAUGAGCUCGAGAAGUUCGUCACACGGGUCGGCACGUUCUAUCAGCCGAUCACUCUGCAAGAACGGCAGGACAUCGUGAAGGCUCUAGAUUUCGCGACUCGAGGUCACUUCUAUAAUUGCGAGAAUGGACACACGUUCGUCAUCGGAGAGUGUGGUGGUGCAAUGGAGACAGCAAGAUGUCCUGAAUGCGGGGCGGCAAUAGGAGGCAGCAGCCAUAGGUUGAUAUCAUCGAACACGAGGGCUACGGAGUUCGAAGAGAUAUUGCGGGGCGGGGGAGCAAGGCCAGGCUAUGUUGACUUAAUGGGGUGA